AUGCAGGAGGCAUCUGACAGUAAGCCUGAGGAAUUUGGCAGUAAAAUCAUCGAUCUGCACAGAUUUUGGAAAGUCCAAAAUGAUCAGUUUUUUUCCUUCCUGCUCUGCAGCUCAUUAAAGAUCAGUCUUAUCUUAAUUCUGUCACUUUCCACAAUGCCUGCGUUUUGGUGCUACCCAGCUCUGUCUUCUAAGGUGUCUGGAAAAUAUGAUUACUUUCUCAUCCUGCUGAACAGCUGCCCAGCCAGGCUGGACGGGAGUGAGGGACUAGCUUUUCUAAAGCCAAUUUUGGAGAAGACAUCUAUGAAAAGGUCCUUUCGCAAUGGAGUUGGCACAGGAAUGAAAAAAACUUCCUUUCGAAGAGCAAAACCAUGA